CGCUUUGUUUUGCAGGUCAGAAACACAACACGGAGAGAAGAAGGAGAAGAAAAAGGGUACAGGGUGUGCUGGGGCUUUCACACACAGAGACACUGCGUCGGGAACAAAGACAAGUGCGUUUAUAGGGUGUUCUGCUGUGAAGAAGAGAAACACAGAGAGGAAUAUGCCUUCAGAAAAGACGUUUAAACAGAGGAGGACGUUUGAACAGAGAGUGGACGAUGUGAGACAGAUCCGGGAGCAGCAUCCCAACAAAAUCCCGGUCAUCAUCGAGAGGUACAAGGGCGAGAAGCAGCUUCCCAUUCUGGACAAAACGAAGUUUUUGGUUCCUGACCACGUGAACAUGAGCGAACUCAUCAAGAUCAUCAGGAGGCGCCUGCAGCUGAACUCUAACCAGGCCUUCUUCAUGCUGGUAAACGGCCACAGCAUGGUCUCCGUCUCGGCGGCCAUUUCCGAAGUGUACGAGCGCGAGAGGGACGAGGACGGCUUCCUGUACAUGGUCUACGCCUCCCAGGAGACGUUCGGAGCGGCCGGAGCGCACUAAAGCGCCUCCCGUGUUUCGGUUUCGGACAUUGAUACGAUCCCUCCUCCUCACUUCCUCCUUCCUCAUGCAGAAGCAGACGCAGACGCGAGAUACUGCAGGACCGAGACAGACGUCUCGGACGUCCCUGUCCGUUUUUGCUAAGAGCUGAUUUCAGAUCGUUCGUCUUAACCCAGAUCUGUGUUUGUUAUAAAUGUAAGGGGUCACUCGUUUUGUUUUUGCUUUUUUUUUUUUUUUUUUUUUUUUUCCUUCCUUCCUUUUUUAAACACACUUCAGCUAGCGAUUAGCCUCAGGACGACGGCUAGGCUGCGAACACGUGUGUUUUCUGUCCGUUUCAUCAACAUCGUGUGUCAGAGGUCCGAAUCAAAGUCUGAUUAGAUUUGAUUUCUUCUAAUUCUUCUCUUUUUUUUUUUUAUUUGACAUUCAUUGUAGAGAUAAUUGUCAUGUGUGAGUGUUGUUAAUAUAAACGUACAGCGAGAGCUUCGAGGUCAGGUACAGCUCGGUUUCUGUCUAAAGCUUCACAUGGUUUUAAUUUAAUUUUACAGAAUCUUUCAUGCUCGUUUCUCUCGGAUCCAGACAAGUCUCUGCGCUUUGUAGUGAUUGGCUAAACUUGAGCACGCAGGCUUGUGUCGAUACUCGGUUCAAGGUUAUAUCGCAAUAUUUUGCACAAGAUUUAUCCAUUUUUGCUGAGAAGUGAGCAACUGUCAUGAUAAACUAUACACCGCAUACACAGCUAGCUAGACGCGAUGCAUCGAUCCAAUACUGUCCAAUAUCGUAUCGCACCGACAUUAACCUGAACCGCUGAACGAUAUCGGGUUCGAUUAGACGUGCUUUCCAAUCAAAUUUAUAGUGACGUGUUUUUCUCGCUACUUAGUUCAAGAUUGUAGUUUUUACGCAUCUGUAACCGAACCCCUCAAACCUCACGUUACAGCUACGAUCAUGUACAUUUCUACGCUGAUCAUUGCAAGGCUUUAACGGGCGUGGCCAAGUAGACGACGCGGAUAGCUAGGGGCGGAGCCCACACAAAAUCGUACGAGUCGCAGCUACACACCGAAUUUUAAAUUAAUAAACAAAAUUUUGCGUAGCGCUUUGACCACACAGUAAGUAAACAUCGAAGUGAAUCAAUCUUACGAUGUGAACUUUUGAGGUAAAUUUAGCAACCGUUGUCAUGGUUACGGCGAGGAUCGCGGUAUCGGAUAUACGAGUUCUGAUAGCUCGUCUGACGGUGGGUGAUUUGAUAAUACCACAUCGUUAUUACGAUACGUUACUCUGUACGUAACUUCGGUCUCACAAAUGAUUUUUUUUGCUAACUUUUUUUGAUUAAAUAUCGUCUCGCUGGAUUUCAUUGAUUAGUAGCCGUCCGCAUAUUUUUGUCCCAUCACCCAGCCCGAGUAUCACAUCGGAAUUUUUUUAAAAAAAAACGGAUUCAUCUCAUCCGCAGUGUAAAACUCCGAAGAGGUUCGUACACGGAAACGUAACAUGACGUUUAAUAUUGCGAUUAGAACGUUAGCCGACGCAUCGAUGGCGACACUGUUAAAGCUGAUAAACCAAAUCUGUGAUCGGAAAGGCUGAAGGUUUUACAAUUCUGCCAUGUUCAUGUUUUUACUUUGUGUGGGUCGCUCAGAUGACCGAAAAUAAAUAAAUAAAUGAAUGAAUGAAUGAAUGAAUGAAUAAAUAAAUAAAACCCGCCCAGCUAGAAAACCGUAUAUGAUUGUAGUUCGGAGAGUUAAUGCUGAUUACCGUAAAGUGUUUAGCAAAGAAAAAAAACAAACAAGAAGGGUAGACGCGGGUCAACGAAAGGGAGCUGGUUUGUGUUUGGAACACGGCCAACAUCGUCGCUUUUCCUUCCAUCGCACGCUUUUUAGAGUUUUAUUCGAGCUUUAUUUCCGCCUUUACGGACGCGUCCCGUGUGUGUAUACGUCGCUGUGUAUACAUAACCAUACGACAGAAACACUUUAGAUGCCUUUUAUCCUUUGCUUUUUGGCCUGAAUGUUUUUAUUUAAAGAAAUGUUUCCUUGUAAAAAAAAAAAUAAUAAUAAUAAUAAUAAAAUGUUCAUAUGCUAUACUUCUGUGUAAGGAACAAAAAUAAAUAACAAAAAUAAAAGAUAUUUCUUUGAAA